UGUAUCUGUUCCACAUGGUUUGUCAGCUUCACACUACUCACAUGAGCUGAAAUCCAGACAUACCAACUUAUAAAGACACGACAACCUGUCUGGAUUAUUGUCCUUGGAUUCUGAACUGUUGUUCUUGGAUUGAGAUAUGGAGAAUCACCAGUUUCCUCUGUCUGUGCUGGUGUGCCUCUGCAUGAGUUUGCACCUCACUGUGCAGAUAGACAGCAGUUCCUUCAUGAUCUACAACGAGGCUCACAACAAAUGUGUGAAGGUGGUAGAUCCCAACGCAGCACAGGCCAGUGACUGUGACUCGUCUUCAGACACGCAGCGCUUCCGAUGGAUUUCCUCUUCUAGGAUCUUAAGCAUCUCCCACAAGCUGUGCCUUGGAUCUCAGGACCUUAAAGAUUGGGUUCGGGUUAUUCUGCUCCCCUGCAACGAGCUCAGUCCCAUACAGACAUGGGAGUGCAAGAACGAGACUCUGUUUGGUAUCAAGACCCAACCGUUGCAUCUGAAUUACGGUAACCGCCAUGAGCCCAAUUUACUGCUGUACUCAGGGACAGGUUCAUGGAGCCGCUGGCAAAUAUACGGAACUAAGAAUGACCUGUGCUCUCAUGGAUACCAAGAGAUUUUCACCAUCGGUGGCAAUGCAUUGGGCACCCCCUGUCAGUUUCCCUUUAGGUAUGGAGAGAAAUGGUACGCUGAGUGCACCCUUGAUGGGCGAUCUGAUGGACAACGUUGGUGUGCCACAGUCACAGACUACGACCAGGACAAGAAAUGGGGUUUCUGUCCAACAAAAUCAAUAUCAGGUUGGGACAGUGAUCCAGUCACAGGUGUAUUGUACCAGAGAAACACUCAGUCAGUGCUGACCUGGCAUCAGGCUCGCAAAAGCUGCCAGCAGCAAGACGCUGAUCUGCUCAGCAUCAUGGAGCUGCAUGAACAAACAUAUAUAUCAGGGUUAACUAAUAUACUUGGUUCGUCUCUUUGGAUCGGAUUAAACAGUCUGGAUUUUGAAAGUGGCUGGCAAUGGAGCAAUGGAAACCCAUUUAGAUAUCUGAACUGGGCUCCUGGCCACCCGUUGCUGGAGCCUGGUAUGAACUGUGCAGCACUCAAUGCUGGGAAAGCAUCUAAAUGGGAGAGUCUAGGAUGCAGCAGUAAACUGGGAUAUAUCUGCCGCAAGGGGAACUCCACUACCGUUACACCUUCAGUUGGAAAAGAUGAACCCAGUUUCUGCCCAAUCAACUGGGUGCCAUAUUCUGGUCACUGCUACUCUCUGUCACGCACUAAGAUGAUGUGGAAAGAUGCUCUGACCACCUGCCGUAAAGAAGGAGCCGACCUGACCAGUAUUCACAAUAUAGAAGAACACAGCUUUAUUAUAUCACAGAGUGGAUACUUGCCGACUGAUGAACUCUGGAUAGGUCUAAAUGAUCAGAAGAUUGAGAACCUGUUUGAAUGGUCGGACAGAUCCCAUGUCACUUUUGCCAAGUGGCUUGUUGGAGAACCUUCACACACAGCUAUCCUCAGAGAGGACUGUGUUCUCAUGAAAGGAAAGGAGGGAAAGUGGGCGGAUCACAUGUGUGAAAAGGAGUAUGGCUACAUGUGUAAAAAGAAAGCCUCCACCAAACCAGCGGGGUCACCUGAGUUGAUCAUCCCCGGAUGUCCUGCUGGGUGGAUCAGGUUCAGCUCCUAUUGCUACAGCAUUGCUGUAGAAGCCAAAAACUUUAAUGAGGCCAAAACAGCAUGUGGACAGAGUGCAGCUGAACUAGUUCAAGUUGCAGACAGGUAUGAGAAUGCGUUUCUCAUCAGCCAGAUUGGCUUAAGACCUGAAAAGUAUUUUUGGAUCGGCCUGUCCAAUACAGAACGUUUAGAACGCUUUGAGUGGACAAAUAAGCAAACUGUCAAAUUUACACACUUUAAUGUAGGAAUGCCAGACAGGCGCCAAGGCUGUGUUGCUAUGCGAACAGGGACUGCGGCAGGAUUAUGGGAUGUAAUCGGCUGUGACAGUAAAGAGAAAUACAUCUGUAAGAAACUAGCAGAAGGUGUCACGACAACCAGAGAACCUCCAGUGACACAACCACUUAGUUGCCCCUCGAAAUGGAUAAAAAAAGACUCUGGCAACUGCAUUCGGAUAUUUAGAAAUACAAAAGACGAUAAGAAAACAUGGACUGAAGCACGGAAUUUCUGCAAAGUCAUUGGUGGUGACCUUGCUAGCUUUCAUGGUGAAUCUGAAACCAACAAUUUGCCGUAUAGUGGGGGAAAUGAUCCAGGAUGGAUUGGCUUUAAUAUGUUGGAUGAUAAUGCUGGCUUUACCUGGUCAGAUGGAACUUCAUCAAACUAUGAGAACUGGAGCUAUGGAGAGCCUAAUAAUUACAAUUCGAAUGAGCAUUGUGCAGAAGUCAGCUUCUACUAUGGUCAUAGGUGGAACGAUAGGGAUUGUGAAGCCUACAAUGAUUGGAUCUGUCAGAUACCACUGGGUACAACUCCAAAACCUCCACCUACAAGCGCGCCUCAAGUGGAGUAUAACAUUACAGAUGAUGGCUGGAUCCAGUUCAAUGGUAGUCAGUACUACAUUAACAAUGACCGUCUGGAUAUGGAGGAUGCUCGCACAUUUUGCAAGAAGAAUCAUUCUGACCUUGUUGUCAUUACCGGUCAAAGUGAAAGAAAGUUUUUAUAUAAACAGAUUUCAAGAGGAUCAGAGGACCAGUACUUCAUUGGAAUGACAGUGGGAUUGGAUAAAUCCUUUAGUUGGGUGGAUGGUUCCCCAGUUGUCUAUACAGCAUGGAACCAAAAUGAACCAAACUUUGCCAACAAUGAUGAAAACUGUGUUACAAUGUACAAGAGUAUGGGAUACUGGAAUGAUAUUAAUUGUGGAGUGCAGUUACCGUCUAUCUGUAAAAGAAGUGCUAACUUUGUCAGCAGCACAGCAGCUCCUACCACUGUACCAAGAGGAGGAUGUAGUUCUGACUGGACUGCUUAUCAGGGAAAAUGUUAUAAAUUUGUAGGGAAAGAUAGUAGUGAAGACAAAUCAUGGCUUGAUGCUCGACAAUACUGCAUCGCCCAAGGAGGCAACCUAGUGUCCAUUCGGAGUCAAGCAGAGCAAGCAUUUCUCACCACUAUGAUGCUCAGCGCACGUGAUGACGUGUGGAUUGGCUUGAAUGAUGUCAACUGGGAGAUGCGCUUCCUUUGGACGGAUGGAAAAGGAGUCCGGUUCACAAACUGGGCCAAGGGCCAUCCAGUGUCAGUUCCAGAUGGACGCAGAGCAUAUGGAGUAGAUGAGCUCUUCGUAAGGUGGGAUGAUGACUUUUCACGUGAAAACACGUUUGACUGUGUCAUCAUGGUAAAAGGACCAGACAAGAUUACCGGCAUGUGGAAGGUUGAGGACUGUGAAGAGAAACGAGGUUUCGUUUGCAAGAGAAAUAUCGAUUCUCAGGUCCAAGUUCCGGCGACAACAGUGUCAUCGGCAUCAUAUUUUAAACUGGGAAAUAAUUCAUAUAAGGUACAGGCUGAGAAGAUGAGCUGGGAUGAAGCAAGGAGGCAGUGCAAAGCAGAUGAUGCUGAUUUAGCUAGUGUGUUAGACUCUGUUACUCAGGCCUUCAUCACACUCAGAACUGGAAAAUUGAAAGAGCCUAUUUGGAUCGGCCUAAACAGCAAUGCGACUGGUGGACGAUAUCGCUGGAUGGAUAACUGGUUACUGCGCUUUACUAAAUGGGCUGUAGGUGAACCACUGAGGAAUCAGGCCUGUGUAUACAUCGACACAGAUGGAACAUGGAAAACAUCAGACUGCAGCAAAAGCUACUACUCUCUCUGCAAACGCUCACCAGAUAUUGCACCCACUGAGCCCCCUCAGCUUCCAGGACGUUGCCCAGAACCAAAGAAAUCCAAGGUCUGGGUACCUUUCCGAGGACAUUGUUAUGUUUUCAUAGCCUCAAGGAAUGAGAACUGGGCCCAUGCUUCAGUGGAGUGUAUGAGAAUGGGUGCAUCAUUAGUGAGCGUAGAGGAUGCAGUGGAGUCCACCUUCAUCCGGCAGAAUAUCGAGAUUCUUCACGAUGAGUCCAGAUCUUUCUGGAUUGGCCUUCACCGCAGCUACACAGGCGAGUGGAUGUGGAUCGAUAACACUGUGGUGGACUACAUCAAUUGGGCACCACGUUCACCCGGUGUGCAAGGCGACUGUGUGGAGGCCAAAUCAGAAACUGGCUUGUGGGUAAACUCUCACUGUAGUGCAUACAGAGGCUAUAUCUGCAAAACCGCCAAAAUUAUACCACCAACUGAGAAACAGCCGGCAGUUCAGCCACAUGUGGAAGAGGGCUCUCAUGGCUACGCCGGCAUCGCUAUAGCAAUCGUGUUGGUGAUUAUUGCUGUUGCAGGACUUGCUGGCUUCCUCUUCUACAAAAGACCAUCUUUGCCGGUCGUCGGGGAGUGUACGUUUGAUAACACGCUCUACUUUAACAACCCUACACGAGCUACGACUACCGUAGACACCAAGGGACUGGUGACCAACAUGGAACAAAAUGAGCAAGCAUAACACACAAUGCCUGUAUAAAAGACAAAAAAGAGUGUUUUUAAAUAAUCAGAAAUGUAUAGAUGAAUUUUGUACAUCACCAAUCUGCUCAGUUGUAGAACUAUUUCUGCUCGGACUUUAAUAUAGAGAAAACACACUGACCACGCUGCUAGACAUGAGAUGAUAUAAUCACAUGUUGCUUAAAUGACAUCAUACAGUAGCCCUGGCUUUAAUCGUAAAAAAUGUUCAAGAUAGUAAAAGACAAUGUAAAUGUCUAUACCACCAAAGUUUUAUUCCCAGAGAUCAUCUUUAUUGUUUUUUAUUUGAAUGUUUUGAAAUUGUAAAUAUAUGAACAAAAAAAUAAUAAUACAAUAAAAAAACUACAAAGGAAUAAAGUAAGACAUAUU